CCAUCACACACUCUCUCUCACUGUAACAUCCACUGUAAAAUCCCACCGACCAGCCAGCCACUCACGCUCGACUUGUUACUGCUCGAGGCCAUGGCGAGCUCUGGUUUUUCGAGGCUGGUGUGCGUGACCCUCCUGUGCUUGGUGGCGGCCGCAUCCGUGGCCGAGGCCGCCGUGACGUGCGGCCAGGUGUCGAGCUCCCUGGCCCCGUGCAUCCCCUACGCGAGGAGCGGCAGGGGCCAGGUGCCGCCAGGUUGCUGCAACGGCAUCAGGUCGAUCAACAGCGCCGCCAGGACCACCCCGGACCGCCAGGCCGCUUGCAGGUGCCUCAAGUCGGCCUCCGCCAGCAUCUCCGGCAUCAACUACGGGGUCGUCGCUGGCAUCCCGGGCAAGUGCGGGGUCAGCAUUCCCUACAAGAUCAGCCCAAACACCAACUGCAACAGCGUCAAGUGAAGAUCGCAAAGAAGGAUUCUGGGGAGCAAAAUAAACGUCAUUAUUACUAGGGAAUUAAUGGGUAUGAUGAGAAAUAAAGAGGGGUUGUGACAAGUCCGCAUGAAGCUUCAGUACUUCAUGUUCUUUUUAAGGUUUUUGUCUGUAUCGGGUCUAUCCUGUGCCCUAGACAUUAUCAAUAUUAUGCGACUGAGAUCGAUAUUUAUUUUGGCCGAGAUGAUCGUGCGCGCCUUUUCAA